AUUUGACAUGGCCCAUUACCACCAUGACAAGGCACAUUACAGAAAAGACCAGGACGACGACUACGACAACGACAAGAUGCAGAGCGGACACCACAGGGCUCGUUGCAGCAGCGACGACAAAAGGGGGCACUCCAAAAUGGACGACAGAAAGGCUCGCGCGAUAAAGGAUAAGACGACAAACACUCCGCACGACUACUUUGCAGACAUUCAUAUUCUUGACACGGGAAGCAUCUUGGACUUUUUACCAGUUCCAGAGUCGACACACGCCGUCAAACACCGCUCGCAGCCCCUCCUCCAACCUCCUUCCGUUCCUUACACGGUCAAACACAGGGUGUCGCAUGAAUCCUACCUCGUACCCUCACGUCCUCGGCAAAAGCACACGUCUCAUAUUUCCCGCUUAAACCUCUCCCGCUUGCCAGACAAGAUCCUUUCUCGCAUCUUCUCAUUCACGUCUGACCCCGCAUCCUUCUCCCUCGUCUGCCGCCGCUUCCAGUCUGUCUCCAAAUCCCCUCAUGCCCGCGCGGGGUUUUUUCUUUUUCUUUACGGUACCCGGAAUGCAAUUCCCGCUGCACUCUUGGGUCCCUUUCAUGCAGCAUGUUACCUGGCCGUCCUCGACCUGCUCCUCCGACAGUGCCCUCUCCCGCGGUGGAUCGUGCAACUAGCGGCUAUUGAUCGAGAUAUUCGCCGAGUGGAAAAGCAUGCCGCUAGAAAGGUUGUGCGGAGGGACCCGCUUUGGACCACGGCAUGGACGAGUGGGACGGUGGAUCGGUUGGUCCAAAAGGGGAAGGAGCAGUAUGGACACGAGGCAAUAAGUGGCAGGGAUUGGAUGGACAUGCAAGAUGUUUUGGAGGAAGCCCGUGUGGGGACUCUGUUGCCAAGGGAAUUUGAGAGGUUAAAAACCUUGAUUGUUGAUGCGCAUUAUACUGCGUGGAGCGUAAUUGAUGGAACACGUCCCGAUCCUCCCUCCUCUGUUUCCUUUGCCUCUUUGACCUCGUCCACCUCCUCCUCCUCCUCCGACUAUUUUCCCACACUUGUCAACUAUCAUCCGCCAACCGACACGAUCCUGCGCUCCCUCCCCAUCUCCUUCAUCAACAUCCUCUACCGCCCCGACAUUCUCACCCUUCACGAUCUCGCACCCUCCCUCCUUCGGCGUCUCACGACGCCUCAAACGGAGGAAACCAUCAACACAAUUGUCAUGACGGAACGAGUGAUGAAAGGGAGUUUGGUGGAAGUACAACGGUUAUUGAAAAGUGGGUAUCGUGUGUCAGAACGGGUGGUGGACAGAGUGAGAGUGUGGUUGCAGGCGGACAGAAGGCUGGAUGAGGAUGGGAGGAGGAGGGUCCGGAGGAUAUUAAAGGCAGUCACCGGGACCCCUUAUGGUGAAGUUUAAUCUAUUGGACAAUUCGCAUAUUUUUUGGGUUGCGUGUGAGGAUACUCGUUGAACAUUUAAUGGUGGGUUAUAGUAGCAUUGACAAGUCUUAAUUUUGGGAAUAGCAGGGAAGAUGGAUAUGUUGAUGGAUUUGUCUGGUUUGGUGUAUAUAGCUUGUAAAGUACGAAUGUGAUACUUUUUUCGCCUACACACA